CCUUCCCUUCCGGGCCCUGGAGGAGGCGCUGAAGGCGCUUGAUCUGGUAGAACUUCAGAAGGAGUUGGAUAAAAGCCUGAGCCUCUUCCCGGAGAAUCCUUCCGUGUGGGUCAAAGACUUGGCUGGAUAUCUGAACUACAAGUUGCAGGCCCCAAAGAGUGACCCCACCCUCAGCCCGCACCCUCACGACUAUCCCUAUUGCCUUGUGAGCAAAGAGCUGAGGAGCAUCAUCAAGUCCCUCCUGGCGAAGGCUGUGGGUGUGCUGGAGCUGUUCUUUGACCACUGCCUUUACACAAUGUUGCAAGAGCUGGACAAGAGUCCUGGGGAGUCGCUGCACGGCUACAGGAUCUGCAUACAGGCUGUGCUGUUGGACAGGCCUAAAGUGGCCACGGUGAACUUGAGCAAGUAUCUCGAGUUGCUGAGGUCCCAUCAGAACCGGCCAGCUAAAUGUCUCACAGUCAUGUGGGCCUUGGGGCAAGCUGGAUUUGCUGAUCUUACAGAAGGACUUAAAGUGUGGCUCGGCAUUAUGCUCCCUGUUCUGGGCAUGAAAUCUCUCUCUCCGUACGCCAUCACCUACUUGGACCGGCUGCUAAUGAUGCAUCCCAACUUGACAAAAGGCUUUGGCAUGCUAGGACCUAAAGACUUCUUCCCUCUCUUGGACUUCGCCUUCAUGCCCAACAACUCCUUGUCCCCCAGCCUGCAAGAGCAGCUCCGGCAGUUGUAUCCCCGCCUGAAGGUGCUGGCCUUUGGGGCGAAGCCCGAGACUGUCCUGCACACCUACUUCCCUUCCUUCCUCUCCAGGACCAUCCCCAGCUGCCCCGCUGGCAUGAGGAAAGAGCUGCUGAGCUGUCUGGCCGAGUGCCUCAGCCUGGAUCCUCUCAGCUUCAGUGUCUGGAGGCAGCUGUACAUCAAACACCUCUCGCAGUCAAGCCUGCUCCUGAAUCACUUUUUGGAGACCUGGGACAACACUUCCAAAAAGGUGCGAAAGUCUUUACAGGAAACGGUUCAUUCCUUCAAAGUCACGAACGAAGAGCUGGCCGCGAAAGGCCCCAACGGCGCUCAGGACGUAGCUGCCUGCAGUGCCGCCUGCAAGAACCUGCUGCUCAAGAUGAAAGCCGGCGGGUUCCCUUGGCCUCGGCUGCUGCUCAUCGCCCUCGUCUUCACCGCCGGGUUUCUCAUGCACGACGUCCGGACCCACGGCUCCUUCCAAGCUUCGGCCUCUGCACGUGCCUUCCGCUCUUCCGGCCUCCUGUCGGCAUCCCAGCAAGCCUGGAGCAAAGUUUCCCAUUUCUCUGUCGAAGGGUACAGCUGGCUGGAAGCCAACGUGCCGCUCUACUACUCUCAUGUGGCCAAGGCGCUGGGACCGAACCUGGAGCUGGUCUGGGCCAAGACAAACGAAACGGCCACCUACAUCUCCGGGAAGUGCUCCACUCAGCUAGCCUGGCUCAGAGACAACCUCCCCAGGCUCGUCGAAUGGCUGCAGACCAGGCUCCCGGAUUCUGUGCUGCACGGAGCGGAGUGCCUCAAGGAGCUGCUGCUCUUCCUCAUGCGGAACUACUUCCUGCCUGCCGUGGACUACGUUGCGGAGUCGCUGGAGGGCGCCUGGAGCCUCUGGGUGGCUUCCUGCAAUGGCGAAGGCUCCUGGGACUGCGUAAGGAAACAGCUGACCAGCUUCACCCAUUCCUCUUGGACCUACCUGCAGGCUGCGACAGUGGCCGUCAAGGACUGGGCCGUGGCCACCAUCUCUGGGCACUAGCAGUGGCCAUGGGCUCAGGAGUUGGGGGUGAGGUUAGGGUCGCUGCUCUCUGGCUGCCGGGGAACGUGCCCAACUGCUGCGUGUUCCAAGGGCCAGGGA